AAAUCUAUGUGUAAUCUAUGUGAACAAUUAGCAUAAUUAGAUAGGGGCUAGGAUAGACCUCGUUUCACCUCCGCCCCUUCCGCCAAAUUUUUAAAUUACCAAAUUACCAAAUUACCAAAUUACCAAAUUACCAAAUUACCAAAUUUCCAAAUUUUAAAUUUAAACUAAUUACGUGAUUCGAGAGUCGGUAUUCGAAUUCGGUUAAAUCUUUGACGAAAAAGAUCGUACAAGUAACGCGACUGCUUUUGUUUUACGUUUAAACAUAAUUUCAAAAUGAUUUUCAAUUCACAGAACUUUACAUAGAAACAUGAAGGUAAUUAUAUUUAUGAUCAUCGUGGGAUUAUGUGCAGCCAUGCCACAAUACUACAUCCCUGAAGGUUUCGUGUAUCCUCAUCCGGCUAACUUAUUAAAUUCAGCAGUAGAGGACACAUUACCCAAUGAGUUACGAAACGACUUUUACAAAGAUCCAAGAAUUGCUGCUAAACUCGCGAAAGAAUCAUGGAUUACCAACAAAGAGAUGCAGGUAAUUGACCGUGAAUCGGAUAAAAUUCCACGGCAACAAGUAUACAACGUUCUUCACAAUGCAGGAUUUGUACGAAAAUAAAAUUAAAAUA